GAGGCUAUUUGCCGUUCCCAGCCCGUGACGCCGCUCCCGGGGUCUCUGCCCCCGUUCCAGCCCAGCCCCUCCUCCCGGCCCCGCGGUUUGGGGGGGUCACUGCCGGGGCCGUGCCGGGGGCGGAUUUGGGGGCAGAUCCCAGGAAAUCGGCUCAUGCCGGCCCGACGCCAGCGGCCCGUGGAUCCGUGAGGCCGCUCCCGGCGGGAUGAGGCUCCCGGUGUCCCUGUGGCUGCCGCUGGCCCUCGGGGUGGCCGCGGUGGCCGCGGGCCAGUCCCCGCUGCAGCGGCGCGUGGUCCGGGAUGCGCUGGAAUAUUUCCACGGGCGCAGCAAUGUGCAUUUCCUCUUCAAGGAGCGGGACGUGGACGGGGUCAUCGAGCGGGAGGACCCUUCGGGGACGUUCGUGCGGCUCCACCUGAGCCUGGCACAGACGUCGUGUCGGAAGCAAUCGCCGCAGCGGCGCUGCCGGGUGCUGGAGAACGGGCGGAGGCCGACCUGCCUGGCCUGCUACAAGUUCGACACCGGUGACGUCCCCAAGGUGCUGGACAAGUACCACAACUGCGGCCCCAGGCACCAGCUGGCAGUCAAGGAGAUCCGGCAGCGGGACGAAGCCGAGUGCCGGGCGGUGGAGGAGGCCGGGAAAGCGGGGGACACGCUGUACCUGCCCGGAAUGUUCGCCUUCUCCCGGGGGCUGCCAGCCUAGGCACCACAGCACCGACGGACGCUGCCACCGCGGUCCCGGCCCACCCCGCUUGUCACCCCCCAGCCCCGUGUGACCAAGGAGGGUCCCGGACGUGUCCCCCCCGCCUGUGCCUGCUCCCCAGUAAAGCCAGCGCUGGCUCCGC